AUGAGUCAGAAGCAGAGAUCUCCAAAAACGAGCACCCUCCUGCCGAGAACGGAGGAACCCGUCCUUAACACCAGCUAUCAGACGCCGGAGGGAUCGACGAUGACCGGAGCACCACCACCAGAGCAAAGACGAGCUCCAUUGAAAGUAGAUCUGGCCAGAUCUGAGCGAUGCCUCAAAGUUAACUCUGGAGAGAACCUCCCAGCCCCACACUCACCGACUCACCUCACCACCACUCCAGAGCCCUAG